AUGAAGCGAACUGAAACAAUGAAAACUGGAAGUGAAAGAUCAAAGUGCUCAAAUGAUAUAAUUCGAAGUGCAGAGUUGGAUGCAGCAAAUGAAAUUCGUAAACAGCAAGUUGAAAUUAAGCGGGUCGAUAAAGCCUUAUCAUUGCUAAAAGAAAUGGAAUCGAAUAAACAGGAUUUAUCACUGGAUGAAUGUCGAGGUUUUCGAGAAGUUUCUGAAGAGUUAGAUCAAUACAUGGCUCUGGUACAACAUACAAUAAGUUUGAUAAGACAAAAUCAUUCGAAUUGUUCAAAGCGCGAAUAUUUCGUCGAUAAUUUUGUUGAAAAACCUCGUAAUGACUGCAAUAUUCUUAUUGAACUGGCUUGUCGUAAUACAGUUACCUCUACUUCAAGCCAACAUUUGACUAAUUCACAAGUAACUCAUCUAGCUAUUACACCAACGACUACAGUGCAUGUUUCACCAGAAUUAGGAGAUGCUAUACCAAAAUGCAGUAGCGAUAAUUCGCUACAUAUCGGACCGAAGAAAGUACUUGAUGGUACUCAUCAAAGUGUUCAGAAUGAGCGAAUACAUUCUUCAAGUGAACCUGGUUCAUUAAUACAGCUGGCUCAACCAAAAAUUGAAUCAAAAAUUGCUGCAAAUCAAAAAUCGCUUCCAUUUUUAUCACAGGCUGGAUUUGACUCACAUUCGCUGCAUGCAGCCAUGCAGGGCGUGCUUGGAUCAUUGAAGCGUACUCUUCCUGGAUUUCAUUCAGCAGCUUCAACAAUUUUAAAGAGUGAUGUGGUUGAUUUUAUUUCUGCAUUUUCUGUUGCACUUCGGCGUUACAAUGAUCGUGUACUCUCACAAAUAAAAUUACUACUUGACAAAUACGAUUCAUCAGUUAGCAGCACGGAACGCAACGAACUUGUCUGUGAGAUAAAUUAUUUGCACAAAAUAAGCACUUCUACAAGUGCUAAACGUGAGCAGUUGCUGGAUAUUAUCCAUGAUCCAUAUUUCCAAGCAGCAAAUUGUCCACCAUUACGUCAAAUGAAAAUUCUCCAUUCAAUUUUUUCAUCAAAUUCAUCGUGA